AUGGAUCAGUACCUGCCAGCAGCCCCUUUUCGCCAUUUGCCGCGAUUUUCCUGCGAUGUACUGCCGAAGUUGUUCGCAGCGGUGGAGGCAUUUUGCAGGGCGCUUUGGUCAGGAUACACAAGUCCUGGAACUCACUCCCCCGAACAAGCAGCCACGGCAGAGCAGAACCUUCCCAGUUAUGACCUAAGGGAAGAUCAGAGGUAUUAUGACAUCUUGGAGGUGACGCCAAAGGCCAAGAAAGAAGACAUCAAAGAAGCGUACAGACGCUUGGCAAAGAAGUACCACCCAGAUCGCAACGUGGAUGAUCCGGAGGCGGAAACGCGCUUCAAAGAGGUUCAGGAAGCUCAUGCUACGUUGAGUGAUUCCUGGAAGAAAGCGCUCUACGACCAGGACCUGCAGUUCAGCAAGUUCGGGACCAACAUGAGCCAACAGGUGGAUCGCGAGCAGUGGACACAACACUGGGAGAAGGAGACGCCCGAGGAACGGCAAGCGCGAAAGGAGCGCUACGAGCGCUAUGCCAAGGGCGAGCGAAACGACCUGCCGAGGGACCAUUUGUAUACCAACUUGUGGCCUCUGACGGUGGCCUUGGUUCUUGGCGGCACCUUCUACCUCUGCGUCAAGGCGCCUGAAUGGUUUGACUCGGACCCACAUUACUGCGAUCCCAUGCACAAUGACAAAAGCGUGCCAUUGGUGAGAGCUUUCCAUGAUCCAGUGCGAGAUCGAUGGGAGCGACUUCCAGAGGGCCGAGAAGCGCCCACGCCGCGGCAGUUGUACGCUUACUAUCAGAAGGUGAAACCUGAGUUGUUGGAAGAUGUCGAUAUCCGCUUCUUACCCAAGGUCAAUCUGACGGUCCUUAAUGUGCCAAAGACGAACGCGGCAAAGCCGACGUUUCCGUUUGGUAUCAUGGCUGGAUGA